AUGGCAGUUGAUGUGUACUCAGACAUUUCAAGUCCAGUGGUGAGUCCAAGAAUCUCGUUUUCUCACGACCUCAGAGAAUUCGACAUUGUUCCCGUAGAAUCCCACCAUUCCUCGACAGAUGCAUUCAUCGACUUCGAUUUCUGCAUUGACCACGGCCUCUCCCGAGAAAUUUCUUCAGCCGAUGAGCUCUUCGCCGAUGGCAAAAUCCUGCCCGGCGAGAUCAAGAAAACCACCCCACCAAAACAAACUCACCAACUCGACCCGAUUCCAACCCCUUCCGAGGCCCGGAAACCCGUCGAAUUCGCAAACGACAGCACCAAGAAAAAGAGGUUGAUAGAGUUCUUGUCCAGCAGCUUCGACGAUGCUGAUGAAGAACAGGAGAAACCGUCGGCAAAACCAUUCUGGCAAUUCAGAAGGAGCAGCAGCGUCAACUGUGACAACGGCAGGGGAAACGGGUUGCUCCGGACUUUACAGUUUCUGAGCCGGAGCAACUCGACGGGUUCGGUUCCUAACCCGAAACCACCUGGAUUCCCUAAAGCUAUGCAGAAGCAGCAUUCACUGAAAGAAGCGUCGACAAAUCGAUCAAAUCCUACGGUUCCGUCGUUUUACAAAUACUGUCCGUAUAAUUCGGCGAACCCUUCUUUGAGGAAGAGCCGCAGCAGAUCGUAUGGCAACGGUGUCCGAAUUAGUCCAGUUUUGAACAUUCCUCCCACUUAUAUUGCCAAAGAGAACUCUAAACCUGGAAUACUCAUUCCUGGUUAUUACUACAUUUGUAAAAUUGAAAGUUACAAAUAG